AUGACAGCAUUGCAGUCUCAACGACUACCCACUCUAUAUGAGGUCCUAAAUCGCCAAACAACGACUCCUGCGGAUCUGUGGUCGUUCUAUACCUACCUUUCACAAUACCCAUAUGCUAUCAACUUCCUGGACUUCUGGAUUGAUGCAAUGGCUCACCUGCGUCUGUGCAAAGACUACGUGCGCGGGAUUCGAGAAAGUGUAGUUGAAUGGGAAGAAUCGCAAGAGAGAACUAAUAAUACUGGAGACAAUAGCGGCGAAACUCGUGAGAAUCGAGACUCUAUGACCAGCUCGUUACUCUUGGAAGCAUUGAUGAAUGAUGGAUUUCUCGACUUUGAAGACAGCAAGCGUGUCUCCCAGUUUCUGCAAGGACAAACCGAUUCUCCGCGGCUCACCAAGCUGCUCGGUAGCUGGCAAAAACAAACGGAUCAAGAGGAUUCUACGGGAGCGCCAUUUAAAAGCCCUCUGACAGGAUUAGUUGACGAGUUCUUGAAAACUCAAGCUCACGACUCUCACAAAGCCCAAAUUACUUCCAAACAACUGCUAACCAAUGCACAAACAAUAGUCGAUACCUACUUAAAAUCCCCGUCAGAGAGUCCCAGAUAUCUGAUCAAUCUACCGGAUCACAUGCGCCAAACCGCUCUCUAUAUGGUGCAAACCGAAAAGCGACACGACCCUGACGUGUUUGAACAAUUAAAAUCCAUCGCAUUUCAGUUUUUAGAAUUAGACUGUUUCCCCAAAUUUUUGACAUGUGUGGCUCUGCAUAACUUGCACGACGAUAUUACCAUUAUACCUGCUCAACAAUGCUCCGAAAAACGAUACACCUCUAAGCGGAAAUCUGGUCUCUUUUCCCAAUACUCGUCACUCUCUCGAAUAGUACUGGGUUUAAUAUUUCUUUGGCUAGGAUUUUGGCUCGGUUACGUUUUGGUGUUUCUGAACUACAGUCGAGGCAUCAGAGUGACCACGAUCGUUCCCUUUUUGCUAGGGUUCUAUUUUCUGUGGUGUGGCAUCUAUCAAAUUGACAUACUAUUCGCUCUAUGCGGUGUUACACAGACCUUAGUUUCGAAUGACCUGGUCUCUUCAAAAGACCUCGAAAUGGGGCUCAAUCGAAACUCUGUUAAUCACCGUAUGGGUCAUCAAGCUCCUUUCAUAUUUCGUUUGUUAGGGGGCACCAGCAGGCUGGUGAAAGUGAGGCACCCACUGAUCAAUAGCAUGCUAAAGCGACGCGCUUGGUGGUGCUUGUUUUUAGUUUUGGUCGGGACCGGAAUCUUCACGGUUAUAUUUAGUUGCGUUCCAGGUCAUAGAUUAUAG